AUGGCCUCGCAGAACCGCGAUCCCUCCGCCGCCGCCGCCAGCGCCGCCCACAAAGGGCCCGAGCCCCCGGGGGCCGCCGCCCGGGGCUCCGUCGGCAAGAGGUUGCAGCAGGAGCUGAUGACGCUGAUGAUGUCCGGCGACAAGGGCAUCUCCGCCUUCCCCGAGUCGGACAACCUCUUCCGAUGGGUCGGGACCAUCCACGGGGCCGUGGGCACGGUGUACGAAGACCUGCGCUACAAGCUGUCCCUGGAGUUCCCCAGCGGGUACCCCUACAAUGCCCCCACGGUGAAGUUCGUCACCCCCUGUUACCACCCGAACGUCGACACCCAGGGCAACAUCUGCCUGGACAUCCUCAAGGACAAGUGGUCGGCCCUGUACGACGUCCGGACCAUCCUGCUGUCCAUCCAGAGCCUGCUGGGAGAGCCCAACAUCGACAGCCCCCUGAACACCCACGCCGCCGAACUCUGGAAGAAUCCCACGGCCUUCAAGAAGUACCUGCGAGAAACUUACCCGAAGCAAACGAGCGGCCAGGAGCCCUGAUCCCGCCCGCGCUCGUGGGCCGUCUCCGUCGUCUCCGUCUCUUUUUAUGGCUUCACUCUUCUCUGUCCCGCACGGGUCUCUGUAUCAUAGACUGUCCUUUAAAUUAAACGCUCCGGUCGAGA